AUGUCCGGGCCGCGCGCCGGCUUCUACCGGCAGGAGCUCAACAAGACGGUGUGGGAGGUGCCGCAGCGGCUGCAGGGGCUGCGCCCGGUGGGCUCGGGCGCCUACGGCUCCGUCUGCUCGGCCUACGACGCGCGGCUCCGCCAGAAGGUGGCGGUGAAGAAGCUGUCGCGCCCCUUCCAGUCGCUGGUCCACGCGCGGAGGACCUACCGGGAGCUGCGGCUGCUGCAGCACCUGAAGCACGAGAACGUCAUCGGGCUGCUGGACGUCUUCACGCCGGCCACGUCCAUCGAGGACUUCAGCGAAGUGUACCUGGUGACCACGCUGAUGGGCGCCGACCUCAACAACAUCGUCAAGUGCCAGGCGCUGAGCGACGAGCACGUGCAGUUCCUGGUGUACCAGCUGCUGCGCGGGCUGAAGUACAUCCACUCGGCCGGGAUCGUCCACCGGGACCUGAAGCCCAGCAACCUGGCGGUGAACGAGGACUGCGAGCUCAGGAUCCUGGACUUCGGGCUGGCGCGCCAGGCAGACGAGGAGAUGACGGGCUACGUGGCCACCCGCUGGUACCGGGCCCCUGAGAUCAUGCUCAACUGGAUGCACUACAACCAGACAGUGGACAUCUGGUCUGUGGGUUGCAUCAUGGCUGAGCUGCUCCAAGGAAAGGCUCUCUUCCCGGGAAGUGACUAUAUUGACCAGCUGAAGCGCAUCAUGGAGGUGGUGGGCACGCCCAGCCCUGAGGUGCUGGCCAAGAUCUCCUCGGAGCACGCCCGGACGUACAUCCAGUCCCUGCCUCCCAUGCCCGGGAAGGACCUCAGGAGCAUCUUCCGUGGCGCCAACCCCCUGGCUGUGGACCUCCUGGGGAGGAUGCUGGUGCUGGACAGCGACCAGCGGCUCAGUGCGGCCGAGGCCCUGGCCCAUGCCUACUUCAGCCAGUACCACGACCCCGAGGACGAGCCCGAGGCCGAGCCCUACGAUGAGAGCGUGGAGGCCAAGGAGCGCACCCUGGAGGAGUGGAAAUGGGGGGAGGUGGCACCCAGGGAGCUCACCUACCAGGAAGUCCUCAGCUUCAAGCCCCCAGGGCCACCGCAGCCUCCGGGCAGCCUGGACCUGGACGUGGAGCAGUGA